AUGGCUCCAAAAGUUGCUAUCAUCACAUAUUCCUUGUACCGCCAUGUCGCCACAAUGGCAGAGUCCGUUAAGAAGGGUGUCGAGAUUGCGGGUGGAAAAGCUGAUAUUUAUCAGAUUGCUGAAACUUUGUCGGAUGAAAUUUUGACCAAGAUGCAUGCCCCAUCCAAACCAGACUACCCAAUUGCCACUUUGGACACAUUGACCCUGUACGACGCCUUCUUGUUCGGUGUUCCUACCAGAUUCGGAAACUAUCCUGCACAAUGGAAGACCUUCUGGGACUCCACCGGUGGUUUGUGGGCUUCUGGUGCUUUGCACGGCAAGCCUGCUGGAUUUUUUGUUUCUACCGGCACCCCUGGGGGCGGUCAGGAAACCACAAUUAUCAACGCAUUGUCUGUGGUUGUCCAUCAUGGAAUGAUUUACGUGCCUUUAGGAUACGCCAAUGCAUUUGGUCAACUCACUAACAUGGAGGAGGUCCAUGGGGGCUCGCCAUUCGGAGCAGGCACGUAUGCAGGCGUUGACAGCUCUAGAACCCCUUCUACCUUGGAGUUGGAAAUUGCGAAGAUCCAGGGGUCCAGCUUCUUCAAGACGAUCCAAAAGUUCUAG